UCAUUCUUUGCAGGUCGGUCCCGUCCGUGAUGUGUACGGCGAUGAGAGGUGUUGCGAGAGCAAAUAUAAUGCGGCGGAACACAUCAAAGAUCUGACACACACACACACACACACACACACACCAUAAUCCAUCUCACCGGCCCGAAGGUGCUCGACGUGCACGAGUACGCGUAAAUCAAAGCAAAGCCAACGAAGAUAAUGGCGAUGGCUAAGUUGGCCGCUAACUGCUGCAUUGUGAAUAUGAAAACGCGUCUCGUAGUCAUGCAAAGCGGCUCCGGCUGAAACGUGGCACCAACAAGCACUUCGGUCGUGGUGCCGUCGGGGUGGUUAAUCGUCUUGUACUCGAGCGUGGUGGGCCACUCUUCGUGAGCGGCUUCAUAGCCCGCCGCCUCCCUGAACAGGCCAGGAGAACCGAGAGACAGUCAUUUGUAUCUGCAUGAUCUGCUCUCACGAUUCAUUCCAGUACCUGAAUUCACCAACCAUCGCAUCUAUAAUACGCUCCUCGAGCUCGCGACGCAACAAACGGCCAGAGGACUCUCUGUGCGGGACGCUUGUCUGCCUCGCUUCAUUCAACUUGAAUGUCGCGGCUGUGCUCGUGGCUGAUGUGAAAGAUGCACGUCUUUCAUCGUCGCCAUGCGUUGUGGCCGUGAUGCGGUUUCCUGUUCCAGCCGCGCUCACUUCAACGUCAUGGUGCUGUUCUUGCCACAGGCUGACAGAGGAUGAGAGAUUGGACGAGAAAGUCGAGAGGGCGGCUGGCUGGUCUUCGCAUUGGUCCCCAGCUGAUUGAGGCGGCCUCACAGCCUCUCCUAUCGGAAUCAUACUGAACAGUGCGGAGGAUCAAAAGAGGGAGAAGGCCGAGACCCAUCGGAUUUUAGUUGAGGCGAAG